CGUAAUCUAAGAUUAAUUAUGGAAUAUUUACCAUAUGGAAGUUUACGAGACUACCUCCAAAAACAUAAAGAACGGAUAGAUCACAAGAAACUUCUGCAGUACACAUCUCAGAUAUGCAAGGGCAUGGAGUAUCUUGGUACAAAAAGGUAUAUUCAUAGAGAUCUAGCAACAAGAAAUAUAUUAGUGGAGAAUGAGAACAGAGUUAAAAUUGGAGAUUUUGGAUUAACUAAAGUCUUGCCACAAGACAAAGAAUACUAUAAAGUGAAAGAACCUGGUGAAAGUCCCAUAUUCUGGUAUGCUCCAGAAUCUCUAACGGAGAGCAAGUUUUCUGUGGCCUCRGAUGUUUGGAGCUUUGGAGUGGUUUUGUAUGAACUUUUCACAUACAUUGAAAAGAGUAAAAGUCCGCCAGCGGAAUUUAUGCGUAUGAUUGGCAAUGACAAGCAAGGACAGAUGAUUGUGUUCCAUUUGAUAGAACUCCUGAAGAGUAAUGGAAGAUUACCAAGGCCAGAUGGAUGCCCAGAUGAGAUUUAUAUGAUCAUGACAGAGUGCUGGAACAAUAAUGUAAAUCAACGCCCCACCUUCAGGGACCUAGCACUUCGAGUGGAUCAAAUAAGGGACAGCAUGUCUGGCUGAAAGAAAUCGUGUUUAAACUGAGACCAAAGUACACUUAGAAAAGAAAGUUUUAUAUUUCACAGUGCUGUGGACUAUAUUUACACAUAUCAUUCUUAUAUAAACCAUGAUGCCCGCUGGCAAAGAUGUGAAAAUACCUGCUCAAAACUUCAAACUUUUGUGAAUUUUUCUUCAUUCAGCCAUCUGUAGAGGAUACUAAUGAAGAGUCUUGAGCAAGAAAGUUUGUGAAAAGUAUCAUGAAUUUUGUCAGUUACAUCUCCUCCUCUAGCAAAAGAAAAAAUAGACUUUUUUUCAACUCAGCUUUUUGAGAGAUGAAAUAUUAUAAUGUAAAUUUUUCAAUGUUAAAGAUACAUAGAAUAUAUAUGUACAGUUUUUACCACAGUGAAUGUAUUAUACUUUGGCAUCUUGUGUGAGAUACACAAGGGCUGAUGUUCAUUAGUAAUGUUUUCUAAUUUUUCCAUAAUUGAUUUAAAUAACUUCAUUAUGCAAACAAAUUAAGAUGCUUAAGAAAUUGAAUAAGCAACUUUGUGUUCUUGUUCAUCUGUGUCACUGUCUGGCAAUAUUAAGCAGGCUUAUACUUUUGACUUGUAGUUUCAUGUACUGUAAAUAUUUUUCAAAGCAGAGGGAACAAAAGUCUAGUUUUAUUUGUAUAGGGAAUUUCCCUGACCUUCUAAGGAACACAUUUUGAAAUGGAACAAGCUUACAAAGACAUAACACAAUCUAUUUUCUUAUUUGUUUCCCUUGUAUCUGUUUGUGGUAAGUAUGUUUUUUUUUUUAAAUAGAAGUAUCUUCAGACUUUUCUAAGACUAUAAUGAAUAGUAUUCUUUAAAAUUUUUGAGAUUAAGAAUGCUGGAAAUAUUGUCAUCCCUUGAGCUGUUGACUGCCAAUAAGAUUCUUCAAUCCCUGGGACCUGUGGUAAUGCAUUACAUUUAAACAUAAGCCAUAAAAUAAUUUCUAAAAUGUACAAGCUCAUUAAGAUGCAUAUUGGAUUAAGAAUUAUUUUUCUAAAGAGUAUGUAUUUGAGUGGUUUCCAAACUUUCUAUUGCAGUCAUAGAUUUUUUUAGAGUGUCUCCUACACAAAAGAGGUAAAUUGGUGAAAAAAUAUGCUUAUAAUAAUUUGAUUCAAAAAUUCUAGUAGAAAAUUCAUGAUGUAUAGCUUUAAGGAAAAGGAGAGAGAACAUACAUAUUUUCAUACAAGUGUAAAGAAUUUGUUGUCUUCAUUCGUUUUACUGUGACUCCAUUUAGAUCCCAUACCUAAAAUAAAAUAUGGUGGGUUUGUGUGUGU